AUGUCGACGAGCGCGCAGUACGAGCACAUCCUCACCUCCCGCCCGGCGGCGGGCGUCGCGCUGAUCACGCUGAACCGCCCGAAGGCGCUCAACGCCCUCUCCACGCCCCUCUUCGUCGAGCUGAACGACGCGGUGGCUGCGCUCGACAGGGACGACGAUGUGCGGGCGCUGGUCCUCACGGGGAGCGAACGCGCAUUCGCGGACUCUGACGUCUUCAAGAACAAGUUCCUCGAGAGCUGGUCGCUGUUGACGCAGAUCCGCAAGCCCAUCAUCGCGGCGGUCAGCGGCUACGCACUCGGCGGUGGCUGCGAGCUCGCGAUGAUGUGCGACAUCAUCCUCGCCUCGCCCUCCGCCCGUCUCGCGCGCGCGAUCGGCAAGUCGCGCACGAUGGAGCUCACCCUCACGGGGCGCAGAUUCACGGCGGCGGAGGCAGCCGACUGGGGCCUCAUCUCGCGCGUGUCCGAGAACAGCGCGGUCGCCGUGCAGGCGGGCAAGGAGGUCGUGAACGUCGCGUACGAGACCACGCUCAGCGAGGGCCUCCGGUACGAGCGCCGUAUCUUCCACGGGCUCUUCGCGACGAAUGAUCAGAAGGAGGGCAUGUCGGCUUUCGCGGAGAAGCGCAAGCCUACCUGGACGCACUCGUGAGCGCGGGUUCCCCAGUAUCCAAGCAGUUUUCCUGUAUCACGACGUGUACAACACCCAUUGCUGUUGGGCUGUGUAGCCUCAUCCCAGAUUCCGACAAGCCAUCCAUGAAUGCUCCAUGUUGUUGGCGACCAAAGAAUCUGGUCAAUAUUGCGUAUGAUCGUUCGUAUGUGAAUUUGCAUCAAUGUCAGUAUGAUAUUGAAUGGACAUGUGCUGAACGUAUGUUGACUGAGCCUGAGGUCUUGCCCGCGGUAUUUAGGUAGGCGGAGCAUAACGCAUACGAACCUAUGGUGAACUCAUUCGGACGACGCUUGUGUGCGCAUACACGCAGUGCACUGGUGCUGCGCAGCAGGGCGGUCAGGCUUGGACAAGGUCUUGGGCCGAGCUUGCGUGCCUUGGCAUGCCGAACUCGAAUUGACGCUGCCGGGCGUGUGGUGGACUUGCACGUCGCCCACGAGCGGUCACUGCGAGUGGUUUGUGGCA